CACAGACGUAUAUUUCCGAACGCACUUUUAGCGUUCUAUUUUCCUCAGGAUCGCGAAUUUAGAAAAUUACGCGCUUGUAUCCUCUCUCUCUGGAAGUACGUAUUAUUUUCUCAGAGAUGGAAUAAAGCGAUGAGAGUAGCGCUGCUAUCUGUUUCUGUUCCGCUAUCUUACCGUGCUUCAUGUUAUCCGUCUUGCCGGGUAGGAAAGCGAAAACGUCGAGGCGUGGUGCACAAGAGCCGAUUUUCUCGUACAUAUGUCAGUGUGAAGGGCCGUCCUGUCGAUGACGAAGUAUGACCGUCUGGGAGAGGCUGCGUAAUCCGUGCGGCUGGCGCGCGGGUGCCAAACAGAUCUCCGUGGAUGCGAUGCUGCCGCUACUAGUGGUGCCGAUCCUGGCGGUGAUCGCCGCCCAGGCUGUCCUCUGCACGAUCGUCGUGUUCCUGGCGACGCCGAUCCUCGUUUACUAUCUACACCAUAAUUUCCUCAGGUUCCUCCUGCGCACCAAGUUCUUCCUCAUGUGGACGAUCACGAGCGUCCUGAUGCUGAUGCUGGUGUUCGAACUGAGCGUCGUGCCACUGCUGGAGAUCCUACCCGAGGAGAAUCUCUUGUUCAUGGUAUGCGUGGUCGGUGGCAUAUGCUGCGGCUACAGAGCCAAACUGAACGCAGACUACACGGCGCAGGAAGGUGCCAUGACCGUGCAGGGCUUGGAGCUAGGUGAGGGCAGUGGCGAGCUCUGCAAUACAUGCAGAAGAAGAGCACCACCCAAAGCCCAUCACUGCCGUUUGUGCCAGACAUGUAUACUUAAUAGGGAAUAUCAUUGUAAAUGGUUGGAUUGCUGUAUAGGUUCUAACAAUUUAAAAUGGUACUUAGGUUGUUUAUUCUUUUCCGCAAUUGCUUUCAUCUAUGGUUCGAACUUGACUAUGACCAGUGUCUGUCAUCCAUUUAUACUUGUCGGAACUGUACUUUUACCGGAUGACUGCAGCGAUGUGUACCAUCAACUAGACAUCGCUCUUUGCUUCGUCUCUGGUCUCUACAGUCUCCUCGUCGGCCUAGUGCUCUUCUGUUAUCUCGUGUACCACCUAUGGCUGCUUUCCCUCGGCACAACAUCAAAUGAACGACGAUUAGAUGCCGGAAGUCAAUACGAUCAUGGGAUGUUAAAGAAUGUAUCUAGAUUAUUCUGCUGCAAAACUUAAAGAUACUUGUAAAAGUCAGAUCUGAGUGUAUUUUGCAUAGUGUAUGUAUUAUCUAUACGAAGGAUAUAAUGAAAUCAAAUUCAACUAAUUAGAGAAAGGUAAGGUCACAAAAUUUGUCAUCAAUUUGGCGCCGAGUCAUACAUCGAUAUCGAUACAUUCAUAUAAAAUAGAGGAAUAUAGCCAUUCAUAUCGGUUUUAAUUGCACAAUUCAUCUACUUGAUAUAUUCUAAUAUUUACAUGUUCACAGAAUAAUUCAUAACUGAAGUACAAUAUGUACAUUCCUAUAACAUUGUAUAUAUAAGAUCAUUUAUAACAUAUCAUAAAGCACCAAUUCUUACAAGAUUCAUUAUCCUUAAUGUAUGAAUGUGCAUACCAUUUGUAUAUUUAUUGUAACUGUGAUAAAGUGGCCAUUAUAUGAUUAAUAUAAUGAAUUAUACUAAUCAACUACAAUGGAUACUGAAGAAAAUCCGAAGUAAAAAAAAGGAUAAAUACAAAUGUAUAGAAUGUAACGAUUUACAUUUUAUUCUGUGUAAAAAAUGCUUUAUCUUAAGUGUAUUUAGGAAUAAGACUACUCUUCUAUACCUCAUUCAGAUACGAGGCCAACGAUAUUGUCGUACAAUAUUAAAUCUAUAUUAUCUUUAAAUUCAUUCUAGUCUUCUAAUUUCUAGUCUUCUAAUAUUACACCUCUUUGUCUAGGAUCGAAGUCCGGAACUACUUCUUGUACUAUUUCCCGCCAUGUGUUUUUUAUUCGUUCACUUUCUAAGAUAUCUGGCACUAUUUUUGGAUAUUUUUUCCACAUAUUGAAGUAUCUUGCUUUCAAUUUUUCUUCAUAAUGUUUCAAAGCUAAACGUUCAGUCUUUAGUCGCUCAGCUUUAUAUUCCACAGUUUUUA